GGCGGCGCGGAGGAUGCGGGGCUGCGGUGGUCUCGGUCGCCGAGGAGCGGCGGGCAGGUAAUGCUUUUGUGGACCACAACUUUAAAUAUUCAGCCAGCUCCUCCAAUCCACAAGAGAAUCCCUUGUUAAUUUUUUCUGUUUUUCAACAUGAGUAACAGUAAAGUAAUUCCCAAGUUCUCUAUUCAGUCUCCUGUCCAUCACACCAAUUUAAAUGUCCAGUCCAUAGACCCACCUUUCAAGAAAGAUGAUUUACGUCUAAUUUCAAAAGACUCUUUGGAAUCUGAUUCGGAGAGCCUAACUCAAGAGAUCAAGUCCCAGUCCCACCUUGACGGAAUCCAGGACAACGACAUGGAUACUGACAGCUUAGAGGAGGAAAGUCCGGGACAGGGAAGCCUGAGUGAGACAGAAGAGGAGGCAAGCAGGAAAGCAGCUCAGAUGGGCAGCAGAGAAGACCUCCGUACCCAGGGCAAUGAUGGGCGGAACAGCCAACAACCAGUAGAGGACAAAUACUCCCACCUCCGGUAUGACCCAAACUGGAAGACUAAGAAAGAGAAAGGGCAGUUGUUGACUGUGGACGCGUCGCCGGAGUCUGUAGACAGCUCUACAGAAAAUUUGACUUUGAAGCCACUCUACCCUUCCAAGGAGGCCUCACCGGAACUGUCGGGUGGAAAAGGCAGCCAGAAAACGAGCCCAGCGAGUGCAGCCUCCUUACUCGGUAGUGAGUUUUUAAGCCCAAGCUAUGAGCGUGGCACCCUUCAUAGCAAGCCGUUUUCAGGGCUGAGCGACAGUGAUGCUGAGGAGAAGUCCAGCAACCUCUCUCAGUACUUGAAAAGUUCAAGUUCACACGAGGUUUUCCUGCCGGGAUCACGGGGCCCUCGGCGAAGGAAGUCCAAACGAUAUUUUGUGGAAAAAAACAAGCUGACUUUGGGAUUACCCACUCCUAAAGCCGACUCUUAUCUGCAACUUCACAAUAAAAAAAGGGGGGAAACUCACCUAGAACAGAUCUCCUCCCCCAUCAGAGUAACUGACAAGACGCCCAUUCAGAAUGCCAAAGAGAUUGAAAAUGCGGCCAUCGAUCGUGAAGACAAAUGGCAUCAAAGAGCCCAACAGCUAAAGAAUUACCAGGAAUACUGGUCUCAAUAUGAAAAUGUGAAAUCAAGCAACGUGCCCAGAGGUCCAUCUUCUGAUACAGCCGAUGGCCAGCACCCUUCCCGCAGGCCGGCCAAGCACAAGCUCCGAAGACAGCAUAGACGCCAGAAUGGCCUGAAAUCUUUAGCUACUGAAAAGCUGGUUGUCAGCGAAGGUCCCCAGAGCCACAUCCCCAGACAGCCACAAAACCACAGUCAACCCAUUGACCGUUCAAUAAAGCAGGAAUCAGCCGUGAUUAUGAAAGCUCCAAACAAUGAUUCUCAAGACUCAAGUGCACUUAGGAGCCAGAAUCCCAAAGUAAAUUCCAAUAAAUUUGCUCCACCAAAACAGGCUUUUGACCAGGAAUUCUAUAAAAACUCUACUGGAUACCACUCAUUGACGAAUGUUAAUAAAGAAAGAGGACACACAGAGCAAGAGGAGAAAAGAUUUUCAUAUCCGCAGCUACAUGUCAACGCUCUUUCUAAUAUGGACUUGAACUAUCGUAAUGAACUUUCUAAGAGACAAGGGACUCAGGGCCUGAGAGGCUCUCAGUCGCCUUAUGACAUAAAUGUGACUGGAUCAACUGCAAGUAAGACGCAACCCAUACAGAAUUACACAGAGACAAAAUAUAGGAACUUAGAAAUAUUAUGGAAAUUCAAUUCUUCCUCUGACAGCCAACCUGUUCGAGCUUCUCCAGAUACACAGCUCACGAAGAUAAUGGAGCAGCACCAGGACGCCUUAAUGCAGCUCACUGAGGUGCAGCCCCAUGACAGGGCCCUAGCCAGUGUCACAUUGCCUCCUAUCUUGUCAAGGGUAGAGAGUGUGUCCCAACUCAGCUCGGAGGGUCGCCAAAGAAACAUGAAAAUCAGCCGUAGCAAUUCUGAAGGCUAUCUGUCUCAACUGGAAAAAGGAAAAAAGCACAGGAAAAGAAGCGGCACUCAGAGUUCCAAGCUGAAAGGUUAUCAGAAAAGAGACGUGAAGCUUGGAGGCCUUGGACCUGACUUUGAGUCCAUCAAAGACAAAAUGCAAAAAUUAAUACAGCAAAAGGAAUAUGCACAACAAGUUAAGGAGUACAACAUGAAGGCACUAACCAGUCUGUCAAAACCACAAACAGCAAAAACUGAGACUAAAUCCGCCGUCCCUCGGCAGAAGGCUUUGGAAUAUGCUAAGACCAUCCCCAAACCCAAAUUGUCAAAUAGGACUGAUCAAGCAACAAAAGGGAAAAAAAAUCCAGUCUGUGCUGGAAAAGAAGAAAAUUUACCUGAAAUCCCACUGCUGGAAAUUCUGCAGAGCAGACAUGAAAGGGAAAAACAGGCUGUGGCUGCUUUCAGAGUCCUUCACAUUGUAUAGAUGGUAUAUGGGUAAGAGACCGAGUGACAGUGGAGUAAAAGGAGCCCCAACCAACCUGUCCACUUCGAGUGGCAGCAUCAAGUGGCAACCUCUUGUUAUCAUCACCUGCAGUCCAUGUUUGCUUUUCUUGCAGGACUUAAAAUAUGGGGCCCUAUGAUAUGGUGCCAUAUUUUACUUUCUAGGAAGAAAUGUUUUUAAAAAUUAUUUAUUUCCAAAUUUUAAAAUUUGGGCUGAAUAAGAACUAGAGAAUAAAGCCUUUUGGUUUUAUACUGGAUCUUUUGAUUUCUUAAGCUCUCUCUUCUCUUCCUUAGCAUAGCGAAAACCAUGAAGUUACCCAGAAAUGAGUUUAUCUACUAGUGUUUCUCUUUUAUCUUCCCAAUAAGAAACUAAAAGUAUGAACACUUCUGCUUCUACUAAAAUGUACUCAGAUUGGACUAAAUCAUCAGUAAAUUCUGGAAUAAUGUUUCAAAAACCUUAUCAAAAUCUCUAAACUUAGGGUUUAUAUACAAACUUGAAGAAAAUGAGGGUACCCUUAGAUGUGUCUGUUCAAGUAGAACAAAUCCCAGCGUUGUUCUAACAGGGCAUCAAGACACUGAUUAGAAAUCCUCUAACAAAUAUAGAAAUAUCCAAUUCAGUCACCUCUGGAGAGAUAGACUUUAUCAAAGCUACUUAAUCUAGGUGGAUAAAUUUGCUGGGCAUCCUGCCAUCACAAAUAUUCUAAAAUAUUGUUAAAUGUGUGCCUUCACAUUAAAAUAUA